AUGGAAUGGAUCCUGAAGAACAGGUAAAUGUUGGCUAUCAUAAUUUUGGGUACCUGACUAAAGCUCUCUCUCUGCUUUCACUGAACAAAUUCCUCACUAGUAACCUCAGUUUAAAAAGGUCUUGGAUGUGAUUUAAACAGCUGCAUCUUAUAUACAAGUCUAAAUACUAAAAAAGAUGACAAUGCCCUUUAAGGAAUUCUUCACUGAAUAUGGUGAAGCACAUCAAUAUGAAAUCCAAGAAGUUGUUGGCAAGGGGAGCUAUGGUGUUGUUGCAUCAGCAGUUGAUACUCAUACAGGAAAGAAGGUAGCGAUAAAGAAGAUCAAUAAUGUUUUUGAGCAUGUCUCUGAAGCCACCCGUAUCCUUAGAGAAAUAAAGCUCCUCCGGUUGCUUCGACAUCCAGAUAUUGUGGAAAUAAAGCAUAUUCUGCUACCUCCAUGUCCGAGAGAAUUCAAGGAUAUAUAUGUUGUUUUCGAGUUGAUGGAGUGUGACCUUCAGCAUGUAAUUAAGGCCAAUGACACUCUCACGCCUGAACAUUAUCAAUUCUUUUUGUAUCAGCUUCUUCGAGGUUUAAAAUAUAUGCACACAGCAAACGUGUUCCAUCGAGAUUUGAAGCCAAAGAACAUUUUAGCAAAUGCAGAUUGCAAGCUGAAAAUUUGUGAUUUGGGGCUUGCCCGGGCAGCAUUUGGCGAUACCCCGUCUGCUAUUUUCUGGACUGACUAUGUGGCAACUCGUUGGUACCGUGCUCCUGAACUUUGUGGUUCUUUUUACUCCAAAUACACCCCAGCAGUUGAUAUAUGGAGUAUAGGAUGUAUAUUUGCAGAAAUGCUUACAAAGAACCCAUUAUUUCCUGGGACGAAUGUCGUCCACCAAUUGGAUCUUAUUACUGAUUUGCUUGGUUCUCCAUCCACUGAAGUUAUUUCAAGGGUUAAAAAUGACAAAGGAAGGAGAUAUUUAAGCAGCAUGAAGAACAAAGCCCCUAUUCCUCUCUCUCAAAAAUUCCCAAAUAUUGACCCAUUAGCUCUAAGAUUACUUGAGAGUUUGAUUGCUUUUGACCCCAAAGAUCGCCCUUCUGCAGAAGAGGCACUAGCACAUUCGUACUUCCGUGGUUUAGCAAACAAGGAGCAUGAACCAUCUGCUAGGCCUAUUUCAAAAAUUGAAUUUGACUUUGAAAGAAGAAAACUGGCAAAAGAGGAUAUUAGAGAGCUCAUCUACAGGGAGAUUUUGGAGUACCACCCUCAGAUGCUGCAAGAGUAUCUUCAUGGCACUGAGCAUACUAGCUUUUUGUACCCAAGUGGUGCUGAUUGCUUUAAGGAACAAUUUGACCUACUUGAGGGGGACUAUGGCAGAGGUGGAAGAAAUGCUCUCCAUCCAAGGCGAUAUGCCUCUUUGCCCAGAGAGCGGGUCUGUGUUCCAAUAGAUGAGGAAACUGAUCAGCAUGGUGAUUUGGAAAGGCAUUUUGAAGCAGCUGUUGCUCAUAAAUGCCUUCCAAGCCCGAGAGGAUCACACGAGGUCAACAAAGCUGAUUCUAGUAAUGAAAAUGAAGGUCAUAGCCAGAGUGAGCUUAGUCCAACAAGCAACACCGCGCGCUGUUUAAUAAGAAGUGCUAGCAUUAGCUUUUCCAAGUGUGUUGGGGCAGUGUGGGAGGACUGUGAGGAUACAACUUUCAAACGAUAUGAUAAUGGGAUUAGUAGAUCGUCCAAGGAGCCAGCAACAUUGUAUGCUUGACUUCUUCUGGUGCGGAUGAGCUAGUGGUGGAUUUGUGGCUAGUAACACUUGCUAGAAUGUAACUGUAGGUGUUCUAUUAUUGGAUGUGUGUAAAACAAUUGAUAGUUUGGCUACCAAGAGGUCCAAGACCAGCCCAUUUCGGAUGUAUGACGUGCUAGAUUAGUUUUAUAUGCUUUGACAGCUUCAUCGACUACAAAUGAAUGCAAAUAGUUUUAACUACCUGAGCAACUAUUUUCAUGUAUAGUGUCCACUCUAUUUUGUUCUCCUAAAAAUUCUUUGUCAAUUGUCAUCUCUUUUUAGAGGUGAAGUUGUAUAAGUCUGUCAGAAGAAUU